GCUGCCACGCGACUGGUCACGCGGGUGCAGUCCUUAUGACCACACUGCAACCGGCGACCAUGACGCUUCGACAGAACCCUUUCGAUACAUAAUGCCCAACGCCUUCCUACAGAAAUCUAUCAUUCAGUUUUCCCUUACCGGUAUCCUCUCCUUUUUCUGAGCGUCAUGCGUGCCCUAGACAAGCUCCUCUUCCUCUCCAUCCUCCUCCCUAGCGCCUCGACGCACGCCGAGCCGAUCCCAGCACCACCAGCACCAGCGCCGCCUCCUCCCCACUUCUCCAACCAGCCGCAACCCCAACCGCAACACCCUCUCCUCCCAUCUACCCACCCAUUACCAACACCGCCGAGACCACCACCACCACCACCACCACCGGCAGGAGUAGCAUUGCAUCAAGGACAAGGAGGAGACGUCGGAGGAGGAGAAGUCGCAAGCGCCGUCGCAAGCGCCGUCUCGCCGCGGCGGCCGCGGCGGUCGCUCUUCGCCGCGCUCGAGCGCGCCGCCCGCCUCGUCGAUAUCGCCUACUGCGUCGGCACGACCGGCCUGGCGCCGCCGUUCGCCUGCGCCUCGCGCUGCCGCGACUUCCCCUCGCUGCGCCUGCUGCGCACCUGGAACACGGGUCCGCUGCUGACCGACAGCUGCGGGUACAUCGCUGUUGACCACGGCGAUGGCGGCGGCGCUGGUGUUGGUGCUGGUUCCGGUGCCGGCGGGUGGGGGAGGACUGGUGAGGUGGAGCGGGAGGGACGUGAGGGGAAGGAGAUUGUGGUUGCGUUCCGCGGGACGUACAGCAUCACGAAUACGAUCGUCGAUUUGAGUACGGUGCCGCAGGAGUAUGUGCCGUAUCCCGGGGACGGGAACGGGGACGGGGACGGGGACGGAGCUGGAACCAAGUGCGAGAACUGCACGGUGCACAUGGGGUUUAUGGCGUCGUGGCGGAAUGCGAGGGAGGUGGUCGUGCCUACGCUGAAGGCGGCCAGGGCGAAGUACCCCGGGUAUCGCGUGCACCUACUCGGUCACAGCCUGGGAGGGGCGGUGGCUGCGCUGGCCGCGCUGGAGUUGAGGCUGGGCCUGGGGUGGGAAGAUGUGCUGGUCACGACGUUCGGGGAGCCGCGCGUGGGAAAUGGUCAGUUGGCUGCGUAUAUCGACAGGGCGUUUGGAUUGGCGGAUCGGGACGGCGAGGACUUACCUUACCGGCGGGUCACGCACGUUGGCGAUCCCGUGCCGCUGCUGCCGCUGACGGAGUGGGGGUAUCGCGCGCACGCCGGGGAGGUUUAUAUUUCGAAACCGAGCCUGCCGCCUGGGCCGGAGGACCUGAGGAUCUGCCGCGGGGCCAGCGACCCGGAGUGCAUGGCAGGCGCCGAGACGGAGGACUGGCUGAGCUGGAUAUUAGGCUCGGUCAGACUGCUGGCGGUCGACGUCAAGAGCGGGUGGUUUCCGGCCAGGUUUCAACUGUGGCAGCUCUUCUUUGCCCACCGGGACUAUUUCUGGAGACUGGGACUCUGCGUCCCGGGAGGCGAUCCGGCAGAUUGGGGGAGGGAAAAGUACAACCUGACGCUCGGUGUCGGGGUGGCCGAGCCUGACGAAACGGUUAUGGGAGACCUGUGAUACAAGAUAUCCUGACGGUCCACCAGGCGUGGUGUUCGCGUAUGAUGAUGCAUGUGUCCGACAGCAUAGCAUGGCGUUUUGGGUUAAAGAGGGCCGGAGGCUUGUGGUGUUCACAGCCGGCCAGACUUGUCGUGACUUCUGGUCUGGCAAACAGUUUACUCAACAGCACACAAAAUAUCAGCUAGGCAUGAUACCUUGCCAUGUCUCCCUACGUGUGCUUGUAUCCAUGAUAUGCCUUCCUCAGUUUGGUCCCUUGGUCCUUUGCCCUUGUAUUGGUGAAGGGGAGAACAC